UCGAGCGUGUCAGUAUGAUGGUGAUCCUGCUGAACUGUGUGACGUUGGGGAUGUACCAGCCCUGUGAGAACAUCGACUGCUCCUCCGAACGCUGCCAGAUCCUGCAGGCCUUCGACGCCUUCAUCUACAUCUUCUUUGCGCUGGAGAUGGUGGUGAAGAUGGUGGCUCUGGGGAUCUUCGGCCGGCGCUGUUAUCUGGGAGACACAUGGAACAGACUGGACUUCUUCAUCGUGAUGGCCGGGGUGGUGGAGUAUUCACUAGACCUCCAGAACAUCAACCUGACGGCCAUCCGGACGGUGAGAGUCCUGCGGCCGCUCAAAGCCAUCAACAGAGUCCCCAGCAUGAGGAUCCUGGUGAAUCUGCUGCUGGACACACUGCCGAUGUUGGGGAACGUGCUGCUGCUGUGCUUCUUCGUCUUCUUCAUCUUCGGCAUCAUCGGCGUGCAGCUGUGGGCGGGACUUCUGCGCAACCGCUGCUAUCCGGAGGAGAACUUCACCCUCUCAACAGGUGUGGCACUCCCUGCUCCGUACUACUCCCCCGAUGAGGAGGACGAGAAGCCCUUCAUCUGCUCUCUGCCGCAGGAUAACGGCAUCAUGGCGUGCAGUGACGUGCCGGCGCGGCGUGUGGCGGGACAUCAAUGCUGUCUGGACGUGGAUGAUCUCCUGCACCAUCAGGCGCUGGGCCUCGUGACCGAGCCCUUCCUCAACGCCAGCCCGCCGUCCCCCGGGCUCUGUGUCAACUGGAACAGAUACUACACCCGCUGCCACACCGGACACAGAAACCCGCACAAAGGAGCCAUCAACUUUGACAACAUCGGAUACGCCUGGAUCGUCAUAUUUCAGGUUAUUACUCUGGAGGGCUGGGUGGAAAUCAUGUAUUACGUCAUGGAUGCUCACUCAUUCUACAAUUUUAUCUACUUUAUUCUGUUGAUUAUAGUCGGCUCGUUCUUCAUGAUAAACCUGUGUUUGGUCGUCAUAGCGACUCAGUUUUCAGAGACCAAACAGCGUGAGCAUCAGCUGAUGCAGGAGCAGCGAGCCGCCUGUCUGUCCUCCAGCACGCUGGCCGAACCUGGCGACUGCUAUGAGGAGAUCUUCCAGCUUGUCUGCCACGUCCUCCGCAAGGCGCGCCGACGCACAGCUGCCUUCUUCAGGACGCUCUGCUGCAAACCACCAGAGCAGAUACAUGAGAAGACAAACAUCAAUGGAGGAGAAAAGAGCCUCCAACAACAUGAUGGAGCCACACCUGCUGCCUCAGCAGCCAAUCAGCAGACAGAGGAGGAUGCCGCCGAGGAGACGGACAGGUGUCAGAGAGCAGAGGGGGUCUGUCAGAGGCAGAGCCGAGAGCUGUGGAUGGAGAUAAGGGUCAAACUGUGGGGCAUCGUGGAGAGCAAAUACUUCAACAGAGGAAUCAUGGUGGCCAUCCUCAUCAACACCAUCAGCAUGGGCAUAGAGCACCAUGAGCAGCCAGAGGAGCUCACUAAUGUUCUGGAGAUCUGUAACAUCGUCUUCACCAGUAUGUUUGCUCUGGAGAUGAUCCUCAAGCUCACAGCAUUUGGCUGCUUUAAUUACCUGCGCAAUCCAUACAACAUCUUUGAUGGGAUCAUCGUGAUCAUCAGCGUGUGUGAGAUCGUGGGUCAGUCUGACGGCGGUCUCUCGGUGCUCCGCACCUUCCGCUUGCUGCGUGUCCUGAAGCUGGUUCGGUUCAUGCCGGCGCUGCGCAGACAGCUGGUGGUUCUGAUGAAGACGAUGGACAAUGUGGCCACAUUCUGCAUGCUGCUGAUGCUUUUCAUCUUCAUCUUCAGUAUUUUGGGAAUGCAUAUAUUUGGCUGCAAGUUCAGCCUGAAGACGGACACUGGAGACACGGUCCCGGACAGGAAGAACUUUGACUCUCUGCUGUGGGCGAUCGUCACUGUGUUUCAGAUCUUGACUCAGGAGGACUGGAACGUGGUCCUGUAUAACGGCAUGGCCUCCACGUCUCCUCUCGCCGCUCUGUACUUUGUGGCUCUGAUGACGUUUGGGAACUACGUGCUGUUUAACCUGCUGGUGGCCAUUCUGGUGGAGGGAUUUCAGGCUGAGGGUGAUGCCAAUCGCUCGUACUCUGAUGAUGAUGAAGGAUCUUCCUCUAAUGGAAGUGAGCAGCACAAAAACUCACUCACGUUCUCAGAUCCCAAGCUGCCGUCUCUCACUCCUAAUGGACAUCUGGAUCUGGCGCCGCUGGCGGAGGAGAAGACCAGGCCCGGCUUCUCCGAGGAAAACCACCAGAGCAGAACCAUCAGCCUGGGCAGGAGAUCCUCGUCUCUGCGCCACAGCCGCAGUUCCCAUUACCACCACUGGGGGCGUCCUCCUCCUCAGCCGUCUUGGAGCCGUCGGUGCAGCUGGAACAGCGCGGGUCGUUCCGCUCGUGGCCUGAGGGCCGGAGGCGUCAUCGGGGGCAGCUUACGGGUCCGCAGCGUUCACUCGCACCCCGCCGAACACGAGUCUCUCCUGCCCCACCCGCCCUUCCUGUCACACCGACACCGCCGCGCUCUCUCGCUCGAGCUGCCCGAGCUCCUUCAGCGCCCCCCGCUGGUCAGGAAGAAGAGCGUGUCUGCCGAGCACCAGGACUGUAAUGGGAAGGGUCCGGGCCCCCAGGGGCCACUGCUGGGAGAGGUUUAUCCACAACUCAACGCACGCAAAGACAAAAACGACCUGGAGGAAGACAAUGAAUAUAGCCUGUGUUUCCGUAUCCAGAAGAUGAUGGAGGUUUAUCGUCCAGACUGGUGUGAGAAGAGAGAGGACUGGUCCAUUUACUUAUUCUCCCCUCAGAACAAGUUUCGACUGCUGUGUCAGACGAUCAUCGCUCAUAAGCUCUUUGACUAUGUGGUUCUGGCUUUCAUCUUCCUCAACUGUAUCACAGUGGCUCUGGAGAGACCCAGAAUCCAUCAGGGCAGUCUGGAGCGAGUCUUUCUCACCAUCUCCAACUACGUUUUCACUGCCAUCUUUGUGGCCGAGAUGACCGUCAAGGUGGUUUCUAUGGGUCUGUAUCUGGGUGAUCGUGCUUAUCUGCGCAGCAGCUGGAACGUUCUGGAUGGGUUUCUCGUGUUUGUGUCUCUGAUUGACAUAGUGGUGUCGAUGGCGGGCGGAGCGAAGAUCCUGGGUGUCCUGCGGGUGCUGAGACUGCUGAGAACAUUACGCCCGCUCAGGGUGAUCAGUCGAGCUCCAGGUCUGAAGCUGGUGGUGGAGACUCUGAUCACGUCGCUGAAGCCCAUCGGAAACAUCGUCCUCAUCUGCUGUGCUUUCUUCAUCAUCUUUGGCAUCCUGGGAGUUCAGCUCUUCAAAGGGAAGUUCUAUUACUGUGUGGGUUUGGAUGUGAAAAACAUCACCAAUAAAUCCGACUGCCUCUCUGCCAAUUACCGCUGGGUUCAUCACAAGUACAACUUUGACAACCUGGGGCAGGCUCUGAUGUCACUGUUUGUGUUGGCGUCUAAAGAUGGAUGGGUAAAUAUCAUGUACCACGGGCUGGACGCUGUCGGGAUUGACCAGCAGCCCGUCGUCAAUAACAACCCCUGGAUGCUGCUGUACUUCAUCUCCUUCCUGCUGAUCGUCAGUUUCUUCGUGUUGAACAUGUUUGUGGGUGUGGUGGUGGAGAACUUCCACAAGUGCCGUCAGCACCAGGAGGUGGAGGAGGCGCGGCGGCGGGAGGAGAAGCGGCUGAAGCGCAUGGAGAAGAGGAGGCGCAAGGCCCAGCGGCUGCCGUAUUACUCCUCGUACGGUCGCGUUCGGCUCAUGAUCCACUCGUUCUGCACCAGUCAUUAUCUGGACCUCUUCAUCACCCUCAUCAUCUGCAUCAAUGUGAUCACCAUGAGCCUGGAGCACUACAACCAACCACAGUCGUUGGAGACGGCGCUGAAAUACUGCAACUACUUCUUCAGCUCCACAUUUGUGGUGGAGGCCACGCUGAAGCUCAUCGCGUUCGGCUUCAGACGCUUCUUUAAAGACAGAUGGAAUCAGCUGGAUCUGGCCAUCGUUCUGCUGUCUGUGAUGGGAAUCACUCUGGAGGAGAUUGAAAUAAACGCCUCACUUCCCAUCAAUCCCACCAUCAUCCGCAUCAUGAGGGUCCUGCGCAUCGCCCGCGUUCUAAAGUUGCUGAAGAUGGCCACAGGAAUGAGAGCGCUGCUCGAUACCGUGGUGCAGGCCUUACCACAGGUGGGGAAUCUGGGUUUGCUCUUCAUUCUGCUGUUCUUCAUCUACGCCGCGCUCGGAGUCGAGCUGUUUGGAGAACUGGUGUGUAAUGUUGAAUACCCGUGUGAAGGCAUGAGUCGUCACGCCACUUUUGAAAACUUCGGCAUGGCGUUCCUAACUCUCUUCCAGGUGUCUACGGGAGAUAACUGGAACGGCAUCAUGAAGGACACGCUGCGCGAGUGUCCGCCGGGUGACAAUUACUCGUGUAACGCCAGCCUGCAGAUCAUCUCGCCCAUGUACUUCGUGAGCUUCGUUCUGACGGCUCAGUUCGUCCUGAUUAACGUGGUGGUGGCCGUGCUGAUGAAGCACCUGGACGACUCCAAUAAGGAGGCGCAGGAGGAUGCAGAGAUGGACGCGGAGAUCGAGAUGGAGCUGGCGCAGGGCGGCCUGUGCUGUCUGGGCCGUCUGGACCGUCUGACCGGGGCCGAUGGGGGCGAGAAGCCGGCGGGAGGCUGCGGAAACAAACAGGCGGCGAUGGCUGCGGUUCACACGCACAACAGCGCCAGCCAGAGCGGAUUCACACCGCGCAGAAGCACAAAGGACACGCAGAACCCGAGGAAACUCUACUCACCUGCACAGGAGAACCAGUGGCUGGAGAGCGUCUCUCUGCUGAUGAAGGACUCUCUGGAUGGAGAAAUGCAGAUGAUUGAUAACCUAUCAGGAUCUGUGUUCCACCAUUACUGCUCUCCACCAAUCAGACGAGACGGCAGGAGCCAAUCAGGAGAGAUCCGGCUGGCAGAGGUCGAGCAAACGUCUCUGAUGUCGGAGCAGCUGUCAGAUAAAUCCUCUUCACCCGCGCUGCCUGAUGACAUCAGCCUGGACGAGCACAGCGACUACCAGCUGCUGGACAGGGACUGUAAGGAGGAGCAGGGCAGCGCUGAUCUGAGCACAGACGAGGUUGUGUGCAGACGCUUUCUUCCUCCAAGUGAGGUCUCCAGUCCUAGGCAAGACAGACGGGACGUGCGGCGUGAGACGGGUCUUCAGCUCUGGUCUCCAGCUCACUGUGGAGAUGGCAGUGGAGGAGAAGGCCAGACGUCUUCACCUCUCUUUCAUCUCCCGCCUGAGUUUUUCCACCCCACCACCGCUGCGAUCCCCCAGGGCAGCCCUGCCACCGCAGCGCCCCAGCCGGGCUCCAGGCACACAUCUCCAGCCUCAUGGGCUUCUCUCAGGUCCCCAGGGGCCAACACCAGGGUCAUGGGCUCUCAGCCGUCCCAAAGUAACUCCUCACUGGCCACUGGCAGUUCAGCGAGCAGCCUGCAGACCAUGCCGGAGGAGGGCGUCCCCCAGCCAGGAGAUCUUACGCUACCCUUGAUCUGCCGAACUCAUGCGCCCCCUCCAGAACUCAGCCAGAGAUCUCGCACUCCACAGACUCUGUUCAACCUCCAGGCCACCAGGGGGCGCCAGAGAAAUCGGAGCAGAUACAGUGACUGCACAAAUCCUAACUUGGUCCGACAGGACCCCUCCGAUGAGGACACCGGAUCCGGGAUUAGGGCGGGAGGAGCUGCAUUACCAGCCGGUCAGGUUGGUAAUCCUGAACAGUUGUCGGAUAAUCUGAGUAGCUUCUCUUUGACAUCUCUGCACCCGCCUGAUUCGCUGGCACCACCGCUGGCCAAGAAGUGCAACAGCACUGGAAGUUUAGUACAGGGGAGUCUAGCGGUUCGGAAUAAAGACGGGAGGUGCCUUUACGGAUUUGAUCCCUGGACUGAAGCAACGAGUGAGGAAACUGAGAGGGAUGCGUCACCUGUUGACGCCAAGACGUGCAGCCAGACUGUGGGUUCUAGCUGCCGUAAGAACAGAUGAAAAGCGCAGUUCAGUUCAGGUAUGGGACAGUGUUUGGUCUCUUCUGUGAACUCGUCUCCAUGUUUGUCUCGAGUGACACAAACCCGUUUCCUGUUCUGCUACUGACCAUCUGAAGCUCGCAGCCACGGCGACACAGUGUCAUUUCUUCUUCAGGGCAUUACACUGGACGCCUCGGAGGAGAUGCAGUAGUCAUGGAGUAGCGUAGAAUGUUCUGGAACAUGAGGAACUCAAACUCAUUCAUUCAUAGGCAAAAACAGACUAACAACCUCACCAGCCUGAGUGUGUAGCGAUCUUUAAGCGACACUGGGCGUGUAGCAUGUGACGCGUUCAGAUGCAGAAUGGUGCCGUAUGAUGCUGCGUUCAUGUCAUGUCGGAAUUACUGCAGUUACGUGUGCUGUGGUUGAGAAAGUCAUUUUCUUAUAAAAGCAUCUAAACGUCCUUGAAAUUAGGCACUGUGGAGGAUAAGACAGAAAAUUGUUUGCAAAUUGUCUUGUUUGAAGCAUAAACUUGACUAAUAUCAGGUGAUAAUGAUUUUUCCCCCAAGGACGCUUUAGAUGCUUGUACGGCGAAACAACAAGAAGUGCAUCCAAAAUCUGAUAGUGUUUAGGUACUGCACUACAUUUCAUGAGGAAUGAACUUUGUGACCAUUUUAAAAAUAACUUCUGUAUGUUUGAUUAUCGAUGUGUGUAGUAUGAAUGUACCUACACCAUUGCUAUGCUGCAAAGCUCCCGUGCCAUGGCCGUAUGGGAUAUUGAAGUGUCCACUAGUAGUAGUAGGUCAUCAAAGUGCUUUUUGCCUGCUGUUAUGAAUUCAAACAUGCUACUCAUUUCACAUACUGUUUUACAGCAAAAGUCACAUUCUGAUGCACUGGAUAAACUUUUGGCAGUGAACUGGUAAUAUUAUGAAAGCUCUGAUGUGUAAAAUCCAAAAUGGUAGGUGCUUUGGCAGUAAAAGUUCAUUUGGUACCUAUGGUUCUGCACCUCUGGUUCUCUGUUGAUGUUUCCUUCAAUGCAGGACCAUUUAAACUUCUGAAAAUGAGCUAAAGACACAAAAUGAGCAUCAUUACACUGAUCAUUGCUCUAGAAGCGUAUCAUUUCUGAGUCUGUGUUCAGAUCUCGUGCAGUAAUUCUGACGUCACGUGAGUGCGGUGUCUUUGGCUUCGUUCUCAUGUAGGAGGAUUGAGUUUUAGCAGCUGCCCACAGAUCAUUAGAGCUACUGGCUGAGUUUAUAAAUGUGUGAUGGUAGUUAAGAACAUUGACUUGACUGAGGAAACAUCUCAAGCCCAAACCACGACACACACUGAAUGCUGGACUCUACAGGAUGUUUGAGGAUCUUCUGUAGGGUUUGUUUUUGGAUGUUCUGUGUUUCUAGCAUAAUGAUGGUAGAAGGAGAAACAUGAGCUCUGAUCCUAAACUCUGUGAGUUGGUUCACAUCUUCUCAAGAAAUCAAGAAGUUCUCAACUAUACAUCUUCUGUGUGUAGUUGCCUGUGAAACAACACACAAAUGUUGGAGUUGGUCUGACCAUAUCCAUCAAGUUUAAUCAUUCAGCAGGGGAAAACCAUGCAUGUGGUUAUCAGAAGAUCCCACAGCAUAUACAUGAUUAAUUCAGGUGUAAUCAUGGGCAGGAUUAUCCUGCACGUUCCUUGACUCCUGCAUAGACGGCGCGGUCACUCACUAGGAUUAGAGCUGAUGUUUGUCUCUGGAAAUCAUGCAUGAGAGAUGAUGUCACUGUACUGUGAAGGUGGCAAAAAGUGUUGAUUUAUUUUUUAAGUGUUAAGUGGAAUUUCAUUCUUACGUAAUUUUACAUUCCUGUCUUCCACUUUGCAUUUUGUACAAACAUCUCCCUAAAAACAAAAACAUGUUUUCUGUGGCCCAAAACAUACAUUCAAUUGUUCGUAUGCAUGCCAUGCAAGCUUGAAUCGCAAACGUCACUCAAGCUGCCAUUACUGUAAACUGUCUUCUUCACUGGUUAGUUUUCUCUUCAGGAUAAAGAAUCUUAUAAUUAUGAUUUUUCAGUCAUUUAGAGACAAACUCUAUCGCCCCCUUCAGUCCUCCAGUGUUCUUGCAUCACUGCCAGUAUAUGAUGUGUAGCAUAUGUAUUUGGUCUUUAAUAAGAUGCUGAAACGGAGGCAGAUCAGUGAAAUGAUUUUUACUGAUUUUGUUUCUCAUUUACACAGCUGAUUUGUGUGUAAAGGACUCUUAAUGCACAUUCAUUUGCAUGAUUGCAUCUAAAUUUACAUGGACUUUAAUGCCCCGAUUCCAAAGCGCCUGCUGUGAUCGAAUCAUUCUCACUGGAGCGUGUAGUUAGAUAUACAGAAACUUUUUUUUUGUUGUUGUUGCCGGAAACUUUUGUUCAAAUAAUCCAGGCAUGUUUUCCACAGUUUUACAGUAAAUGAAUACAAGAAUGAUAUUUAGUAUAUGAAUUGAACAAUAAAUAGCAAUACUGACCUAUAUAUUUUUACUGAAACAUGCUGAAGCAUGUUAAAUGGCACACAUGUGACUUCAGUCAACAUUUUUGAAUGAUGAACCACCAGAUUGUUUUGAAUUGAUUUUUUGAAAUAGAGCAUUCAAAAGUGAUUCAUGUAAAUGAGCUGAAAUUCUCAACUCGAUCAGUGUUUUUGCUCUUGAGGUUAAAACUCGGAUUGAGAGAUGAGUGUGAAACCGGCCUGCUGACGUGGUCUUUAUAAAGCUUUAGAAGCAAAUAUAAAGCAUCAAAAGCAUUUAAACCAUUGCAAUAUUUACGCAAUUUAGUUUACUUAUUGCCAAUGAAAUUAUGUAGUACAUAUUGUGUAUACUGCCCAGCCUUAUCUCAGAGAUUUCCAUUUAGAUGAAACUGAAAUUCUGCUUUUGUUCUUCUGAAGUUCAGAGGAGAUUCAUGCAUUUCCCAUGUUCUGUAGCAUUUCAUCAUUCACAAUCCUAAUAAAG